AUUUCAAAUUUUCAGGUCGAUGAAAAAGCUCCUUUGGAUAAGGUAUGUUUGCUAGGCUGUGGCAUUCCAACUGGUUAUGGUGCUGCUCUUAACACUGCCAAGGUUGAACCUGGCAGUACUUGUGCCAUCUGGGGUCUUGGCGCUGUUGGCUUGGCCGUUGCCUUGGGUUGCAAAAAGGCUGGCGCCUCGAAAAUCUAUGGCAUUGACAUUAAUCCCAGCAAAUUUGAAUUGGCCAAGAAAUUCGGUGUUACCGAUUUCAUCAAUCCCAAGGAUGUUGAAGAUAAAGGCCCGCUACAAAAUUAUUUAAUCGAUUUAAUGGAUGGCGGCUUCGAUUACACUUUUGAAUGUAUCGGCAAUGUAAAUACCAUGCGUACUGCUUUGGAAGCCACCCACAAAGGUUGGGGUACUUCGGUAAUUAUUGGUGUUGCCGCUUCGGGACAAGAAAUUUCCACACGUCCCUUCCAAUUGGUUGUGGGUCGCACAUGGAAAGGUUCAGCUUUUGGUGGCUGGAAGAGUGGCCGUGAUGUCCCCAAAUUGGUCGAGGAUUAUAUGAAAAAAGAUUUGUUGGUCGAUGAGUUCAUUACCCAUACCAUGCAAUUGGAUAAGAUCAAUGAGGCGUUUGAUUUAAUGCAUGAGGGUAAAAGUCUACGCAGUGUGGUGUAUUUUUAA